AUGUCAGAAGAGGCUGUGGACACCAGCUCCAAGAUGACCACCAAUGACAAGAAGAAGAAGAAGGUUGUGGAGAAAACAGAAAAUGGAAGAUACGCAUCUGCUACUGGGAAUGUUAAUGAAGAAAAUGGGGAACAGGAGACUGACAAUGAGAUAGAUAAGGAAAAGGACGAAGGUGGGGAAGAGGAAGAGGAAGAAGUUGAUGGUGAGGAAGAAGAUGGAGAUGAAGAUGAGACGGCCGACACAACUACUGCAGAGUAUAGCUGA